GGAGGAGAAGGGCAGCUGUAGUUGGAGUGCGGAUCGGCUGGAGCACGGGCUCUGGGGUGCACGAGACUUUGUGCUCUUACACCCGGGAACGGAGGGCCACAGGGAUUAGGGGGCAGAAUAGUUAUUGAGAAAACACAGAGACUUUGUGGAGAAACUCUUGCUUGUGGGAUCUUGGGGUUCGGCCCAGGUUGGAGCAGAUCAUUUGGGGCGAGAAGAGAUACUGAAAGGUUUAGACCACAGCUCAGUGGCUUCACCAGAAUUCGGGGUUCGCAGCUUCAUAGCAUCUGGGUUAAGUUCAUAUCCGUGGGUAUUGGGGGGCAGAGCAAGAAGGAGCUACAAAGAAUUUGGGGUACAUAUCAGAUUAUUGGAGUCUAUGUACCCUUUGAUACAGCUCAUUUUAGAGUAGGAGCCCAAGGUUUUUUUAAGGGGGGGGGCAGUGCUUUAGAACCUCAAGGAGCCGACUGGAUCUGUAGCACCUUCUGUCCCUCCCGGAUCCUUUACUGAAAAUGCUGUUCUGGCACAGCCAACCCGAACACUACAACCAGCACCCAGCCGGCGGCUACCUACGUGACGUCCUUUCAUUGCCGAUAUUCAAACACGAGGAGCCCCAACUCUCCCCAGAGAGCGAUGCCAAGCUCCCUCCGUUCCAGUACGUGCUGUGUUCUGCCACCUCACCCGCUGUGAAACUGCACGAGGAAACCCUGACUUAUCUCAACCAAGGACAAUCGUAUGAAAUUCGCCUCCUUGACAACAGAAAAUUGGGAGAGUACCAGGACCUCAAUACCAAAUAUAUCAAGAGCAUCAUACGGGUCGUCUUCCAUGACAGGCGCUUGCAGUACAUGGAACAUCAGCAGCUGGAGGGCUGGAGGUGGAAUCGACCUGGAGAUCGAAUCCUAGAUAUAGAUAUCCCUCUGUCAGUUGGAAUAUUGGAUCCCAGAGCCAGCCCGACCCAACUCAAUACAGUAGAAUUUCUGUGGGAUCCAAGCAAACGCACCUCUGCAUUUAUUCAGGUGCACUGUAUCAGCACAGAAUUCACACCUCGGAAGCACGGCGGAGAGAAGGGUGUCCCUUUUCGGAUUCAGAUUGAUACAUUCAAGCAGAAUGAGAAUGGUGAAUACACAGAACACUUGCACUCAGGCAGCUGCCAAGUCAAAGUCUUUAAGCCCAAGGGAGCAGACCGCAAACAGAAAACGGACCGGGAGAAGAUGGAAAAGAGAACAGCACAAGAGAAGGAGAAGUACCAGUCUGCAUACGACACGACCAUACUGAGCGAGUGCUCUCCUUGGCCCGAAUUACCAUAUCAGGCAAACAGCUCCUCCUCCCCUGGUUACAGCACCUCCCCAAACUCUUUCAGCAUCGGAGAAGGGAACAGUUCACCCACCUCCCAGGUAGAUCCUGCCCCUCUGAGAACUGAUAAAGCCAGCACUGGCUUUAACAGUGAAUAUUGGGAUCCAGAGGACAAAAUAAAACACCUACUCCCAUCAGCCUCCAUCCAAGAUGUGCAGCAGUGGCUACAGAAGAACAGAUUCCCACAGUACUGUCGUCUCUUUUCCAGUUUCUCUGGUGCAGAUUUAUUAAAGAUGUCCAAAGAAGAUUUCAUCCAAGUGUGUGGCCCAGCAGAUGGCAUCCGACUUUACAACGCAGUGAAAGGAAGAAAUGUGCGGCCCCGACUGACUAUUUACGUCUGUCAUGAGCCAGAACAGAACAGAUCCCUCCUGCAGCACAAGCGAGAGCUGGGGGACAGCACCGUGUGUGUGUACCAUGCCAUUUUCUUGGAUGAACUGACUGUGCUGGAGCUUAUUGAGAAGAUUGCAAACCUGUACACCAUUUCCCCCCAGCAAAUCAGCCAGAUCUACAGGCAAGGGCCAACUGGGAUACACGUGGUGGUGAGCACAGAGAUGGUUCAGAACUUCCUGGAUGAGUCAUGUUUUGUAAUCGGCACCCUUAAUGCAGAAAGCAGUGGUGGAUACCACAUCAUCUUAAAAUAAAGGAGCUGUCCUUCUCAAGUGCAUUACUCACGCUUCUGGGAAUUGGCAUUAACAGGCAAAAGAACAAAUGUCAGCCUUUCGCCCCUCCCACACCCUGGUUUUCCCCAUUUGGUGGGAGAGUUUAGGAAGAUGGCAUCAGGGCGAGUCCUUUUUGGAUUUAGGGGAUUUUGUGUAAAUAUUUAAAUAGAUUCUUCUGCUUCCCUUGUUUAAAUGUAAAUUAUGCAGUCGGUGAAAUAUUGUAAAUAACCAAAUACUGAAAGAUUUCUCAGGAUUAUUCAGUGAUUAUUGCCAGAAAAUGGGACAAACUAAUUACUCCAAGCCCCCCCCCCUUGCGUUUUCUUUGUUGGAAGUGAGACGUCAUUGAGCAGCAACUUGCAUUUGGGCAUUGAUACAGAUUGCAAUCAAAUGUAUAUAAAUAUAUAUAAGGAGAGUUUUUUUUUUUUUGUUUUGUUUUUUAAAUUAUGGUGCUAUAGAUGACGCAAUAAAAAUGUAGUACUGCAGUCUGUUCCAUUAUACAAAGAUAUUAUGCCAGGGAGCUGCUAACCAGGGAAACUGGGCAAGGGCAACAUUCCAUAAGAAUAAAGACUAUUACACAUGAUCCAAAAACCCUGCCCUAAAUUAUGUUCACAUACCUGUGCAGCAGGAUAUUGGGUUAAGGGCAUAUCCACAAAAUCUAGACUUUUUUUUGCAUUCUGGCAGGAGGCAGUGUAAAACAGAUGGCAGCAGUGGCGCUCACCGGUUGAAAGUGUUCAAGGACCGUUUGGCCACAGAAUUCCCCUAAAUAAACAGAUAUCAUAUUGAGAGUGCAUGGCACUGGGUUUGGGAUUCAAUUUAUGUAAAAUAAAUGUGUUUUUUUGGGGGGGUUCUUGCUUUAUUGGGAGUCAGGAUUUGCAACUGCAGUCUCCUGUUCUUCUGAAAUCAUGGGUCACCAUGUGGGGCAGCGUCGGACUGGGGGCCCCCAGCUGAAAGUUGCCUCUGCACCAUCCCCCUCCCACCCUUGGAUGUGCGCGCUCCUGCUUAUCUCUUUCCAGCGCAGAGCGUCCGGCUUCAGGGACGGAGAGAGAGGAAGUGCAAGGAGCGGGUCUGGGCCAGUGGGGAACAAAACAGUCUUUUCCAACCGGGUCUUUUCCCGGUGUCCCAUCAGCCCAGUCCGACCCUGAUGUGGGAUUUUCUUAUUGGUUAUUGGCAAUUCUGUUUUCUAUACUAUGUUGCCAAGUUUUUCUGGAUAUGGAGGUGUAUUUGCAGCCCAGAGACUAGAAGAGAACCAUUAAGACUUGACUUUGUAUGGGGGGAGGGGUUAGGAGGGCAGACACCCCCUCUAAUCCUCAUUUCUAUAGCAGAGAUUUUAUUUUUGUAUUGUGAAAUGGAGAAGGUAAAGACACACUUAGCUCUGUAUCAGUCCAGCCUUGGCAACUAGGAAUCCCAGAAGUCUUAGCUGGCCACUGUUGCCUGCAGUUGUAGUCUGCGCUAUAUUUUAUGCUGCGUGCAAGUGUUUCUGCACCGAAAUAAAUAAUUAGAAACUGUAUUUUUGAUGAAUGUAUUUGUAUCAGAAUGUUGAAUGGGUGUGGGGCUGCAGGGGAGUCCUGGGGCUUCUGUCCGCUCAGCAGGUCUGAGUCCCCCAGUUAUGUCCAAUAUACAGUGCCUUCAUCCUUGUGGCAGCUCCCGCCUCAUUACUUGAGUUAUUCUUAUUCAGAAGAGAAAUGUUAUAUGCUAUGAACUAAUCCUUUCAGCCAAUGAUUUGCUGCUUUACUGUAAUUCACUAAUGCACAUUCUUUCAAUGUUUGUCUCCUUUUUAUCAUUUGGGGGUGGGGGUUUAUAUUUUACUUUUACUAUGAAUGUGUCAUUUGUGAUUUUUUGGGGCCAGGGGUGUGAUGUCCCUUUUCUGAUUCACCCUGCUUUGAAGCCUUUCUUUAUUCAAAGAGCUGUGACGUGUGAGCGACUGACUGAGCUGGCUACCGAUUCACUGCCACUUCCUUUUGUACAUGACAUGGGGGGGGAAUAAGCACAUUGCACUCACAACUUGACCUAUUUUUGUAUUUAAAAGAAUCGGACUCUGUAAUACAUGCAAUAAAACCUGUUUGUACAAA